CGCACAGACCGCAGCAGCAGCAGUCUUGGCGUAUAUACCUAUAGGCUGCCAGUGCCACGUAAUUUUUACGUAUCAAAAUAAUCAACGUCAACCGUGUAUAUAUGCAGGAGUGGUGCAGUCGCCAACUGCUGCUGUGUAUUUACGGAAGACUUCCAUAACCCCCGAUGCUGCCAGGCCGCGAACGGCAAUUUUAAUUGUUUUCGCUGCUGCUGGUUAAUAAUAAUUUUACGGCUGAAUCGCCUGGAACUUUAGCGAUACAAGCAGCAUGGGAGGUUCGCAGAGUGUCGAGAUACCCGGUGGAGGCACCGAGGGCUAUCACAUCCUCCGGGUACAAGAGAAUUCACCAGGACAAAAAGCUGGUCUUGAGGCUUUCUUCGAUUUUAUCGUCUGCAUCGGAACUACCAGACUAGAUCAAGAUAAUGAUACGCUAAAAGAAUUAUUGAAAGCUGGUAUCGACAAAGAAUUGACUAUUACUGUUUAUAGUAGUAAAACUCAAAAUGUGAGACAAACUACUAUUGUGCCUAGCAUGACAUGGGGUGGACAAGGUCUCCUUGGUGUUAGUAUAAGAUUUUGCUCUUUUGAAGGUGCAAAUGAAAAUGUUUGGCAUGUUUUGGAAGUUCAUCCAAAUUCACCUGCAGAAUUGGCUGGUCUCAAACCGUUUAAUGAUUAUAUCAUUGGUGCAGACUCAAUUCUGCAUGAAACUGAAGAUUUAUUUUCCUUAAUAGAAUCACAUGAAUCUCGACCACUUAAAUUAUAUAUUUACAAUACAGAUGAUGAUGCUUGCAGAGAAGUAGUAAUCACUCCAAAUAAUCAAUGGGGUGGAGAAGGAAGUCUUGGUUGUGGAAUUGGAUAUGGUUAUUUGCAUAGAAUACCAAUAAGAAAUUCUGAUCAUAAAACGCAUAAUGUCCCACUGAGUACUCCACAAGGUACUACACCAAAUGUUAGUGCAACUACUUCUAAAUUAGCACCAAAUGUACAGACCCCAAAUGUACAGGCUCCAAACGUACCACAGCAACUGAAUUUACCAAAUUAUUCUAUCCCUUCGAAUGAUCUCUCUGUUAAUGAGUCUACCAAAACAAAAGAAGCUAUUUCUGUUACGCAGUCUGCAACUACUCCCAUUUCGCCUCAAAUACCUAAUAUUCCUCACUCAGAUUCUAAUGUAAUACCGGCAAGUAUGUCAGGAGCAUCAUUGCCCAUGUACUCUCCACCGCAAGUACCUUCAAUGCCAAUGCAUACUUCACAACAACUGAUGACUGGAAUGAAUACUAGUGUACCAAUGUAUAAUCCGCAACAAUCUCCAAUUGGUGCAUCACAAUUUUCUGUGUUACCCCCUGUCCAACAACCUUCUGUAGGAAUGGAACCACACUCGCAACACCAGCAGCAUCAACAACAACAACCAUCGACUCUGCCUAAUUUUAAUUAUCCUUCCACAAUAGAACCAGUUGAUUUUCCAAAUAUGCCAACCAUUCCAGGAAUGCCAAUGACUCCUCCUCUAUCAUCAUUUUCUACUAAUACAUCUUCACCAUCAGUAACUACUUUUAGUCCAAUUAUGAACUAUCAAUCUUCAACUCCUACCAAUAUUUCAAUGCCGAGCUAUGAAGUUCAUCAACAAUCGCAGCAACAAUCACAUGUUGUUACAACACCAAUUUCAUUACCUGGAAUGCCGCCGAUCACCGUUAGUGCAUCUGUACCUCAAAAUCCGGCUUUUUAUGCACAGCCAGCAAGUCAAUGAAUAAGUAUGAAUAAGUAAAGCAAAUGUUGUUUACUACUUCUUCAAAUGACAUCUAUUUGAGAUGAAGAAGGAAAACACAGUAUAGAAAUUAUGCUUUAAUACAAUUGUAAAUAUUUUCUUAUAAUGUGAAAAUGAGUGUAUAUGAUAUUGAGAAUCUUUGAAACUGGAGAAGUUUUAUAAGAGCAUUUUGCAAUUAACCAUUUUCAAUUAAAUUAUUACAUGCUA